UAAUAUCUCCCGCACACACCUUUACUCUCUCUCUCUCUCUCUCUCUCUCUCUCUCUUCCGUGAGCCGCUGCCGCUCUCGCUAGAAGCGAGCGACGACCGCCACCGCGGCGAUCCUCAGCCGACAAUCGUCAAGCACGGUCUGGUUCAAGCAGAGUACAAGUUUUAGAGGCUGCAUCUGUGAAACAGAGACUUUAAGCACGGUCUAGCCCUUAAGCAACUUGUUUAGAGGAAAGACUGGUGCAAGUCCUGAAGUCGAGGUCCGGGGGCUCGUUUUGGAGUGUUGUUAAGGUGACCAUUUGGCUUCUAUCUCGGUUCGGCGUCCAUUGCCAGUUGCCGUCGCCAGUUCUCGCUUCACGCAACGUCACGCCAUUCCCUGACAGGUUCGCUUUCGCAUAAACUCGGGCCAAGUUUCACAAGCAAAAUGAGAAAUUCCUAUUAACAAUGGCAUAAUAUAGAUGAAAUGGACACUGUAUGUCAAAUAACUUGAGCACUCCCCCGAAGAGCCAAAUGAAAGGGGAUUUGUUUAGGCCUCUGUUUCAUCUUCUGACUGAAGCAGGUCGCUGUCCCUGUUUGUCCCUUCCCGGGCGUCCCUUCAACGACUGAUCAGCACCUUCAUUUCAAUCAAGACUACAAAUUCUCUUGGUUCCAAAGCUACUUCACACAAUCAUGAGAAUUGCAAGAACAGCAUCGGUGAUCCUUUUAUUAGAGUAGAGCAUUUGUAUCCUGUGUGUAAAUGGAUAAACACAGACAUGGGUAGAAAGAAAGAUCCAAUUUGGGAGUACAUGAUUUCCUUGGACGACGGCAAGAAAUGGAGGUGCAGGCUCUGCAGCAAGGAGUACAGCGGAACCGUCACCAGGAUGAAGUUUCAUCUGGCCGGGAUCAGGAAACAAGGCAUCGAUAUUUGCCACGGUAUCAACGACGAGGAGAGGGAGAAGUUCCGGAUAGCCAUCGAGGCUUCCAGAGACACAAGCACCAGAGACAGCGAGUCGCCCACGGAGUCGACAGAAGGAAAUGCGAUUAAUCCCAGCGUCAUGCCCCAAGUCCCAUCCAGACACACAAGCAACCAAGGCAUGCCGCGGUGUCUGGAUUCUCGAAGAUCAACCGAUCGAAUGGGCGCUGUUUCGCUUGGUGCAGGACCAUCGGAUGCAGAUUUUUCCCUUCAGACGCACAGCUACGACAAUCCCAUCAGCGAUCAGGGCUACUCAAGAGAAGCUGAAUUAGGUGCCAGCAGUUUGGAGUUUCCACGAGCUACGCAGCUACAGAAUGUGAGAAGAACCCAUGAUGUGCCCUUCGAGUGUCAAGUACAUAGCAGUUGCGACCUUGUUGGCCAGAAUAUGAGAACUCUCAGGAGAAAGCUGGAAGAGUUUAUCUGCAGCAGAGAAGUGGAAAUGAAUGAGUUGGAGUCACGGUGGAAGAAAGUGAAGAGUGUAAAAGGAGAAUACUGGGGGGUGGUGCGGGCAAUCAGAGAAGGAAGAUCUCUCCCGAUUCAGCAUGUGGCGCGAGUUGAACAACUGAUCAAAGAAGUUGAAGAGAUUCAACUCCAAGCUAGUUUGUCCAGUAGGUCCAGGACGAUUGCUGUAAGAGCAGAAGGCAGCAGAACAGCUCCUUUAAUGACCACAAAGCUAGUAGGAGAGACGAGUCAGGUAAUGGUGGAUGAGGUUUGCGGCCACCUGAUGAAGGAUGAGGUUUGGAUCAUCGGCAUUUAUGGAAUGGGAGGAGUUGGCAAGACAGCCAUCUCAAUGCACAUCCAUAAUAAAAUGCUUGAGAAUCCAGCCUUCGAGGACGUAUUCUGGGUCACUGUGCCACAAAAUAUGAGUGUAUAUGAACUGCAAAAUGAGAUUGCGAAUAUGGUAAAUCUGGAUGACCUCUCGAAGGAGAAGGAUGUGAAGAAAAGGGCAAGCAUGUUGUCCAGACAUCUGGCAAUGAAGAAGAUAUCGGUCCUAAUUUUAGAUGGUUUGCUGACACACAUUACGCUCGAGGAUGUGGGAAUUUUGGUUGGAGCCGGUAGGAUUAAAUUGGUACUGACAACUCAAUCAUUAGACGUGUGUCGUAGGAUGCUCUGCCAAGAGUGUAUCCAAAUAAAACCUCUCUGGCCAGAUGAAGCUUGGACCUUGUUUUCACUCACAAAUAGGUCUAACCCAGAUCUCCCAACAGAAGUCGAGCAAAUUGCAAAGCUUGUUGUGGGCAAGUGCGAGGGCUUACCCCUUGCCAUUGUCGAGAUCGCAACUCGCAUGAGGGGAGUGGAGAAUAUACAUGAAUGGCAAGACGUGCUCCAAAAAUUAGGUGACUCGAAAAUGGAACUGGAGGCGUUUGAGAGGCUGAAACUCAGCUACGUGAAUUUGGUAGAUCAUCAAGUUCAACAAUGCUUCUUGGUUUGUGUACUUUAUUGCUCAGAGAAUUUAUCUCGAGAGGAUCUGAUAGAGUGUUUUAUUGACGAGGGUUUGCUUGGAAUUGCAAGCAGAGAAAAGCUGUACAGCCAGGGCAAUGCCAUACUGAAUAAACUCGAAAAUGCUUGCCUAUUGGAAAAGCAGUCUCCUUUUGGAAAAAGGAUAGUAAAGAUGCAUCCUUUGAUUAGGGACAUGGGCCUGCAUAUGAUGAGCACAGCUUACAUGGUAAAGGCGAAGAUGGAGUUGGAAGGCAUACCGGGUAGUGAAUUCUGGACGGAUGGUCUCGAGAAAGCUUCUUUGGCAGGGAAUAAUUUAAGAGAAAUUCCACCGGAUAUGUCUCCUGAUUGUCCUAAGCUUACAACUUUGCUGUUGAGUAAAAAUGAGAGCUUGGGGAUGAUACCGGACUCUUUCUUCAUGUGUCUUCAUAAGCUGAAAAUUCUAAAGCUAAGUGGAUGUGGAAUCGCCAAACUACCAAACUCCUUCUCGGACUUGGUGAACUUGAGAGUGUUGUCACUUAGCUGGUGUUCGGAAUUACGCCGUAUUCCUUAUGUGGGAAAGCUGAUAUCUCUAAGAAAGUUGGACCUGAUUGGGUGUCAAGUUCUUGAAGAAGUGCCGGAGGGCCUGGAAAUGCUGUUGAACCUGCAAUACCUUGAUCUUCUCUACACAGAAAUUGAGAAAUUACCAGAAGGAAUGUUAGCAAACCUUGGAAAUCUACAACACCUUAAAAUUCAAGAAGUAAACGCAGAGGACCUGACAGAACUGAAGAUGCUGGAAACACUACAUUGUUCCUUUCUAGAUAUCAAAGCAUUCAACACUUAUGUGAGCUUCGUUGGGCUAAAUAGCCCCCACAAGUACCUACUUAAGGUAAAUGGAGAAGAACAAGGUGACAGUGAUGAUGUGAAUCAUGAUCGGCGUGUAGUUCUUUGCGGUUGCAACCAUAUUACCACAAGAAGACAAGGACAAAGCAGCAAUGGCUGCGUUCUGCUUCCCAAAAAUGUGCAGGAAUUGAUUGUCAGAAACUGCGGUGGUAUGACAAAUUUGUGUGACAUCGGCCCGCUUGAAGACCUGGAGGUGCUAGACAUAAGAAGAUGGGACAAUUUACAAGUGCUCUCUGGUGGACCAGAUGAGGGAAUUUUAAUCCACAGCUCCACAGCACCGUUUCCAUAUUCAUGCUUCACCCCUCUCCACUUGCCAUGCCUACAGCGAUUAUCUAUCCAAGGGUGUCCAAAACUGAAGAAGCUAUUUGGAGGUAUGUCGGAGGUAAGUUUCUCCCUGCCAAAUCUAUGCGAGAUUAGUUUAUAUGGGUGUGAGGAACUAGAGGGGAUAACUGGAGUCGCAUUACCCGGUGCCUUCCCUCGUCUCCAAAAGAUUACAGCUUCUAGUUGUCCUGAGAUGAAGAAAUUGUUGGAAUCUGAAUGUCUGGCUUCCCUUCCAAAUCUGAAGGAGAUAAGAGUAGACAAUUGCGAGAAAAUGGAGGAAAUAAUUGCUGGAUCAUCCUCGAACAUCCCACUGAAUGCCUUUCUCCAUCUUGCCUUCCUGGAAAUACAAUUCUGCAGUAACAUCAAGAAGCUGUUCACGCUUGAAUCUUCGCUCCACCUCCCAAACCUCCAGUGGAUUAGAGUCCAAAGCUGUGAAGCGAUGGAGGAGAUUAUAUGUGGAGGACGAGAACAUGGAGGGGCCAGUCCAAACGUCAUGCGUUCCUCCUCCCCAUUCCCUCUCCCAAAGUUAAAAUCCUUGUGUUUGCUGGAUCUACCACUGCUACAGAGCAUAUCUGAUGGGACUUUGAGCUGCGACUCCAUUGAGAAGAUCAUGGUGUACCGUUGUCCAAUGCUGAGGAGGAUCCCAUUGCAUCUGCCCCGACUCAACAACAAUGAUCAGCUCCCAUCAGCUCCGCCUUCUCUUCAGGAGAUUCUGAUGGAUGAUGAGGAAAGGUGGGAGUCUCUGGAGUGGGACAAUCCUCAUGCUGAAUCACUACUUCAACCCCUUGUCAGGUUUUGGCCGGGGCGAUCUAUCAACCUCAGAACCACCAGUAUUAUGUGAUUCCAGUCAUUGCAAAUCUCUCCAGGAGCAAGUCCACCGGAGCCUAGAUACGGUGGUUUUUCAUAGCCAUUGUGAAGUAAUUCUGCUUCACCUCAUCCUGAUGUUUGAAGUACUUCCUAUGGAGGAAAUACCACUACCAUCUCUGUUUCUGCAGCUAUCUAUACUCUGCUCAUUCUUCGCACAUUGAUAAAACAAUUCUUUCCUUCAAAAGUUACAUUUCUGUAAGUCACACUCCUUUUCUGUUGAUUCAUCUUAUCGUUCCGAGCAAUCCUCAUCACAAGCUUUGUAGACAAGUCUAUGGUCCAGUCAUUGGGAAAACUGAAAAUUUUCCUUGCCGGUGUAUUUCUGAAGUUGUAGGUAAAUUGCAAA